AUGUCGACUGUGGGCCGGCCGAUUGCGGCCGCGGUGACCGAUGCAGCGAAGCUGGUCACACGAAUAAAGAACGCUGCCAAAUACGGAGAGACGGAUGUCGACAUUUGGCGGAGAUACUCCAAGGAAGUACUAGACUGUGCACAGAAAUUUGACCUGCCUCAAGUCGUGAACAUGCUGUCGUCAUACAGUUACAUGCGAUACCGCCACGUUGGCGUGCUGGAUGCCCUAGCGGCACGUGUCUGCGAAUCAAGCUUCAAGCUCAAGAGCGGAGAUAUAGCACGUGUGUUGCGCACAUAUUCCAUGCUGGAACACCGCAAUGAGUUUAUGUUUCGACUGAUGCUGCCAGAGUUGUCGAAGAGGAUGGACAUGUUCUCGUUGGCAGACCUGACUUCUGUGUUCUACUCGUACGCGAAUCUGGGGUAUUACAAUCGUCAUUUCGUGUCAUGUGUGGAAUCUGCGAUGGUCGACAAUAUCCAAAAUGUCUCUUGUAAGGAACUAUGCCACGCGCUCUCCGCACUCGGCAAGCUCCAUGUGCGCCUCCCCCGCCUCGAGACUGUGCUGGGAUGCCACUUUUGCACGCGUGUUGACUUGUGCACAUACACAGAACUGGCGCUUAUCACAAACGCUUUGGGGCGACUCGAUUUCUGCGGGCAUCCGCACCUCUUCUCCGUUGUGGAAACCGAGGUUUAUCGCAAGUCGAAGAAUCUGCCGCCACAUUCAUUCGCGUUGAUGGCCAACGCUAUAUCGCGGAGGGAGGAUUCUUUGAAGGCGCUGGAUUUCAUGUCUAAGCAAAUGCCGGAUCGAUUGCGCGAGUUUGACGUGCACUCGUUGUGCCUGUUAGGCGCAGCCUUUAGUCGCCGUGGAGCUGUGCGGCGCGAAAUGUUCGAUCGCAUGGCGGCGCGUGUAGGCAGGAUAUCACUUGGAUUAUACCCACGCGCAGUAGCUUCCUUGUCGUUUUCGUAUGGUCGUGCAGGGCACCUACAUGAACCCCUGAUGUGCUUCGCCGGCCGUCACCUCGAGCGAUUUUUGGCGCACUACAGCUGCAACGAAGUGGCGAUGAUACUGCGCUCUCAUAACCUGCUGACUGUGCGCAACGAACAGCUGCUGCUCCAGCUUGCGAAAUUCAUAUGUGACAACUGCCCGGAUAUCGUUCCCAUUCGGAUGUCGGAUCCGCUGGCACGGAAACGAAUAGCGUUCGCCAUGGGUUACGACGAUGAAUCGAACGAAUACGAACCGCGUGCUGAGGAACGAUCUGGGAGCGAAUUCCUGGCGGAACUUUUCGCUGAAACAGAGGAUGAGGACGAAGACGCGGAGUCAUCGGGUUCCACCUCUAGGGACGACUCCGAAAUUACGCACAUAAACCACUUGGAGAUUGUUGUUUCCGACCCUUUCGGAACGCAUCGUGGCGGAAAGCAUUUCCUGGAACGAGGUUUGAUGCAUUCGCUUCUCUGGAUAGCGCAGAGCUUCGCCGUGCAUGGCGUUUGGAAUGAGGGCGACGUAAAGGGAGCGAUGCAAAGAAUCGCCAGCGAGGUGGCGACCCGGGUUCAGGAGCUAACUCCGCUUACGACGGUGCACUUUAUGUACGCCUACGCACGUUUGAACUACCGACUCGACACUUUUUUGGACGUCUUACUGCGCGAACUGCGGAACCCGAGGGUCAACGUAACAUUCGAGCAGGACGAGUUGCGUACUGCCUUCCACGCAUUAACGGCAUAUGGCAUAGACCCUGCAUCGGCUGGUGUGUACCGAUUGCCGUCAAUAGAGGUCAAGCGACUCAUGGAAAUACACGGCAACGACGUCGACCGCGUCGUCCGGGACAUACUGACAACUGACUACGAGACCACGGAAGGCGUCAAAGAGAUCAUAGACUUAGAGAUUGAUGUUCCGUUUGCAGAAGGUGCUGCGAAGGCUGCCAUAGAUGGCGAACCUGCAAUCACGUACGUGCACAUCCCGGCCUGCGUCAGUGCCGCUCUAGCUGCGGGAAGGCCGCCCGGCAAUUUCGCCGAGCGCGUCAAAUACAACUUUACGAUUUAA